GCCCAAUAAAAAAACAGAAACACAAAAUCCACCGACGCGAUCCAAGCUCAUCCUCUCCCUUGAACCAUGGUUGAUCCGGCGAACACCGUCGGAAUCCCGGUGAACCCGACACCGCUUCUUAAAGACGAGCUCGACAUCGUCAUUCCAACGAUCCGUAACCUCGACUUCCUCGAGAUGUGGAGACCUUUUCUUCAGCCUUACCAUCUCAUCAUCGUCCAAGACGGAGAUCCCACGAAGAAGAUCCAUGUCCCCGAAGGUUAUGACUACGAGCUGUACAACAGGAACGACAUUAACAGAAUCCUCGGACCAAAAGCUUCUUGCAUCUCGUUUAAGGACUCUGCUUGUAGGUGCUUUGGGUACAUGGUGUCUAAGAAGAAGUAUAUCUUCACCAUUGAUGAUGAUUGCUUCGUUGCUAAGGAUCCAUCUGGGAAAGCAGUGAACGCACUUGAGCAACACAUCAAGAAUCUUCUCUGUCCAUCGACUCCAUUGUUCUUCAACACUUUGUAUGAUCCUUACCGUGAAGGUGCUGAUUUUGUUCGUGGAUACCCUUUUAGUCUUCGUGAAGGUGUUUCCACUGCUGUUUCUCAUGGUCUCUGGCUCAACAUCCCUGAUUACGAUGCCCCUACACAACUCGUCAAGCCUAAGGAGAGGAACACUAGGUAUGUGGAUGCUGUGAUGACCAUCCCAAAGGGAACACUUUUCCCAAUGUGUGGUAUGAACUUGGCUUUCGACCGUGAUUUGAUUGGACCAGCUAUUAUUGUUCAGUCAAAUUUGUCUCUUUCUCUUAACGUUCAUACUAUGUACUUUGGUCUCAUGGGUGAUAGUCAGCCUAUUGGUCGCUACGACGAUAUGUGGGCUGGUUGGUGCAUCAAGGUGAUCUGUGACCACUUGGGUUUGGGAGUGAAGACCGGUUUGCCAUACAUUUACCACAGCAAAGCGAGCAACCCGUUUGUGAACCUGAAGAAAGAAUACAAGGGAAUCUUCUGGCAGGAGGAGAUCAUUCCUUUCUUCCAGAAUGCAAAGCUAUCUAAAGAAGCAACCACUGUUCAGCAAUGCUACAUUGAGCUCUCUAAGAUGGUGAAGGAGAAGCUGAGCUCCCUAGACCCAUACUUUGACAAGCUUGCUGAUGCCAUGGUGACAUGGAUUGAAGCUUGGGAUGAGCUUAACCCACCAGCUGCUGCUGCAGCUAAUGGCAAAGCUUGA